AUGGAUCUAAUAUCUCAUUCAACAUGCCUCUAUCUCCUCCCACUCAUUCCCCUCUUGUACAUCCUAUAUCUCGCCCUCGACCGGCGGCGGCACCAGCAAUGCUACCUCUUGGACUACGAGUGCUACAUGCCGACUCCCGACCGCAAGCUCAGUACCAAAUUCUCCGGAGAAAUUAUCCGCCGCAACAAGCACUUGGGCCUCCACGAGUAUAAGUUCCUCCUCAAGGCCAUUGUCAGCUCAGGCAUUGGCGAGGAGACCUACGCCCCGCGGAUGGUCUUCGAAGGCCGCGAGUCCUCCCCAACUCUCCCCGACGGCCUCCAAGAAAUGGAUGAGUUCUUUUCAACUUCAAUUUCCGCCCUCUUCUCCCGAACCCAAAUCCGCCCUUCCGAGAUCGACGUCCUCGUCGUCAACAUCUCCAUGAUGGCCACUCUCCCUUCCCUCGCGUCCCGCAUCGUGAACAUGUACAAGCUCCGCGAGGACGUCAAGGUGUACAACCUCACCGGCAUGGGCUGCAGCGCCAGCCUCAUCUCCAUCAACAUCCUGCAAAGCGUGUUCAAGUCGUCUGAAAGGCGGCGCACGCGCGUCCUCAUGGUCACCUCCGAGUCCCUCAGCCUCAGCUGGUACAACGGCAACGACCGCUCCAUGAUCCUCGCCAACUGCCUCUUCCGAGCGGGCGGCUGUGCGGCCAUCUUCACCAACGACCCGUCCCUCCGCGGGCGCGCCAUGAUGCGGCUCAAGUGCCUCGUGCGGACCCACCACGGUGCCAACGAGGAGUCCUACAACUGCUGCAUACAGAAGGAGGACGAGAGGGGGCUGGUCGGGUUUCACCUCGGCAAGAACCUGCCCAAGGCCGCCACGUGCGCGUUCGUCGACAACCUCAAAGUGAUGGCCCCGAAGAUACUUCCCGUGCGGGAGCUCGCCCGCUUCGCGGCGGCCAUGCUCGUGCGGAGGGUUCGACAGUCCUGGAACAAGGCAGCAGCCUCAGCGGGGCGGCCAGCGAUCAAUUUCAAGUCGGGAGUGGAUCACUUUUGCCUGCACACGGGUGGGAAGGCGGUGAUAGAUGCGAUAGGGCAGAACCUGGGGCUGACGGAGUACGACGUGGAGCCAGCGAGGAUGACGCUGCAUAGGUUCGGGAACACGUCGGCGAGCAGCUUGUGGUACGUGCUGGGGUACAUGGAGGCGAAGAGGAGGCUGAGGAAGGGGGACAAGGUGUUCAUGAUAAGUUUCGGGGCGGGUUUCAAGUGCAACAGCUGUCUGUGGGAGGUGAUGAGGGAUUUGGAAGGUGAGGGGAACGUGUGGGGGGACUUCAUAGACAGGUAUCCGGUUAAGAACCUGGCUAACCCCUUCUUGGAGAAGUACGGGUGGAUACAGGACGAGGAUCCCGAUACCUUCGUCGUGCCGGAGGAUUACCAGAUACCUGAUUGA